AUGUUCAUCAGAGGUUCGAGAAAUCUAUCCUUGCACCCCGUAGAAGUUGCUUUUCCUAUUUUGCACCCUCCUUGUAGAAGGCGUGAUAGGAUGUCGAGUCCAGCUAAUCAGGGUAACCCGGCAGCAUAUUUCAUAUAUGAUAUCGCCGUUCACUUUUUCUUCCUUAUUCCCCGGAAACUCGUUUUCGUAACUGCAGCAAUAAGGAAUCAUGCUGAACUCAAAGAGCUUGUCUGCGUGUCGCCCCCGCUCGGCGCUCGUUUCAGGGGAAACUCUUUUGGAAUUAGAUAUGGGGAGGCCGUUGAAUCUUUUGGGUCGAACCUCGAUAAGGGACAGCAUCCAAAUUCAACAAUUCAAAAGUGGGAUUGCCAGUUCGGAUCAGCAAAUGCCGUUCCCAAAAGACCAACGGUUGUUAAUGGGAAAAAGCGGAGGACGCUACCUAGAUAUCCUUGCUCCAACGUGUGA